AUGUUGCUCUUUUGCCCAACAUGCAGCAAUAUGCUGCGCGUCUCCAAAGUACCUCCCGGCGAUCCUACCACCGAAGAUGCUGUUGGCCAAAACCGUUUCGAAUGCCUUACCUGCCCCUACCACUUUGUCAUCAACAAACGCUACUACGAGCGGAAAUACCUAAAGAAGAAGGAGGUCGAAGACAUCUUGGGUGGAAAGGGCGCCUGGGAUAAUGUGGACAAGACGGAAGUACAAUGUCCGAAUGAGAAAUGCCGGAACCACGAAGCAUACUGGUACCAGCUGCAGAUUCGAAGUGCCGACGAGCCUAUGACUGCUUUCUACAAGUGCACCCAAUGCGCGAAAGAGUGGCGAGAAUGA